CAUACACUGGCUUCGGAUAUAUAUCAUCAUGAUACUAAGAGACAGAGUAAGACGACCAAGUAAAGCCUAUAGCAAAUGCAAGGCUGCUGUCCCAGAUGGAAGGCUAUGUUCUUUUGUUUUCAAAAUUUUAUUCCCUUAUUAAAGAUUUGUUUAUGUGUUUAUGACACAGAAAGUUUUGUCUUAGCUAAUGACUUAGACAAAAAGCUAGUAUAAUUGAAAUUGUGUGUGUGUGUGUGAGAGAGAGAGAGUCUGUCCUUUUGACUUGUGUAUCUCUCCCUGAUUAAUAUAUACUUAAGGUCUUCUAAAGCAAACAAAGUAAUCCGCUUUCUCCGCAGCCCCCAAACCCCCCUUCUUUCUUCCCCCUAAGACCCUUAUAGUAUAGUUAGUACUGUCUGCCUGGAGAGGAAAAAAAAACACACAUACACACACACACACUCAGACAGUGUCAAAAAACAAAGAGUUUGGAGAGAUCCGAUGGGAAGGGCACCUUGUUGUGACAAGGCAAAUGUGAAGAGAGGACCAUGGUCCCCUGAAGAAGAUGCUAAGCUGAAAGAGUACAUAGCUAAAUCCGGGACUGGUGGAAACUGGAUUGCUCUUCCACAGAAAGCUGGGCUCAAAAGGUGUGGGAAAAGCUGCAGAUUGAGAUGGCUAAACUAUCUUCGACCCGACAUUAAACAUGGUGAUUUCACCGACCACGAGGAUAGGAUCAUUUGCAGCCUUUAUGCUAGUAUUGGUAGCAGGUGGUCAGUGAUAGCAGCUCAGUUACCAGGAAGAACAGAUAAUGACAUCAAGAACUACUGGAAUACCAAGCUGAAGAAAAAACUCAUGGGAUUUGUACCUUCAUCUCAGAAUCAUCGUGCACCAAAAUCCAGGACUAAUCACCAUCCACCAGUGUUCUCUGUUCUUGAUCAACCUUCAUCUAUAACUUCCUCACCUUAUUCAGCUCCAUCUUCUUCACUAUCAUCACCACCAACAACAUCUGCUUACAAAUCAUCUUCUGACAACAAUUACUAUACUCCGUCUCUCGCAGCCGGAUACGAAAUGUUCUCAAAUGUGGCAUCAACCCUUUUGAAUUCUGCUCAUUCCGUGCACAAUUAUCAGGGAAUUCAAGAAAGUUUCCUCAGGAUAGGAGGUGAGGCUAGCUGUAGUUCUUCAGAUAACAGUUCCAACAACCAAAUCGGGUACGGAAAAGAGGCCGGAACAGGGAAUGGAUAUGGUGUGGAUUUUCCAAGCUAUUUCUAUCAUGGAGUUGAUAAUGAUAUUGAUCAGAAUCAGAGGAUCAUCCCUGGGAAUUGCAAUCUUGAUCAUCAUCAGAUAAAGCCAGAAGUAGGUUGUUAUGGUGAAAAACCAGUACUUGACUAUGGUCUUGAGGAGAUUAACCAACUCAUCAGUACUAACAACCUUUGCAACAAUUUCUUCGUUGAUGAAAUCAAGAGUGAAGAAAAACUGGCGUAUUAGAGUGUUGAAAAAAAAUUCGUUGUUCAUUCAUCAUAGUUUCACUUAGACUUCUCCAUCCACCGAUCCUUGGGUUUAUUCAGUUCAGCAUUUUUAAUUUCUUUUCUUUUUUGCUUUUUUUGUAUGUUUGAUGAUUAAUACCUUUUUUGGACAGUACAUAUCUAGGUGAUGAAAGUCCCUAUGUUCAUAUGGCUUUUAGCAAUGAUGGGACUGUGUCAUUAUUGCACUCUUUUAGCUGAGCCAACAAUGUUUUAGUGAAGCUUCACUGGAACUAUCAUCAACUUCUGCAAGAAUUAAUAACCUUCUUUCUUCGAUAGUAGUAAGGAUGGAUGAUAAAUAAUUGGCCAUGUCCCUUUAGC